AUGACCGCGGAAACGUUAGCGUAUCAGAACGGCGUCGUUUCCAACGGCGAUCUAGUUACCACCUCCAACUCCUCCUCCUCCUCUGCCGCCGCCACCAAAAAAUCGCGGGAGAGCGAGCGCCGUCGUCGUCGCCGGAAGCAGAAGAAGAACAACAAGGCCUCCAAAGAAACGGCCGAAGACGGCGACGACACGAAGGAGAAUGCUGAACCUCAACAGGUUGUUGAGCAAGUUGAAAUUGAAUAUGUACCAGAGAGGGCAGAGCUAGAUGAAGGCUUGGAUGAAGAAUUCAGAAAAAUCUUUGAGAAAUUUAGUUUUGGCGAGGUUACUGGUUCAGAGGAUAAUGAUAAGAAGGAUGAGUCUGCAGAAAAUGCAACUACCAAUAAGAAAGCAGACUCUGAUUCUGAAGAGGAAGAAAAUGAUAAUGAGCAAAGAGAGAAAGGCAUCUCAAACAAGAAGAAAAAGCUUCAACGCCGGAUGAAGAUUGCGGAACUGAAGCAGAUUAGCUCCAGGCCUGAUGUUGUUGAGGUGUGGGAUGCUACUGCAUCAGAUCCAAAGUUGCUGGUGUUCUUGAAAUCUUAUCGAAAUACUGUACCUGUACCUAGGCAUUGGUGCCAAAAGAGAAAAUUUUUGCAGGGUAAAAGAGGUAUUGAGAAACCACCCUUUCAGCUUCCUGAUUUCAUUGCUGCCACAGGAAUUGAGAAAAUUAGACAGGCUUAUAUUGAGAAAGAAGACAGUAAAAAAUUGAAACAAAAGCAAAGGGAACGCAUGCAACCAAAAAUGGGGAAAAUGGAUAUUGAUUAUCAGGUUCUCCACGAUGCUUUCUUUAAAUAUCAGACAAAGCCAAAGCUUACAUCUCUUGGAGACUUAUAUCAUGAGGGAAAAGAAUUUGAGGUAAAGUUGAGGGAGAUGAAACCUGGCUGCUUAUCACACGAAUUAAAAGAAGCUCUUGGUAUGCCUGAGGGUGCUCCUCCUCCAUGGCUUAUUAAUAUGCAGAGAUAUGGUCCUCCUCCAUCUUAUCCUCAUCUGAAGAUCCCAGGCUUGAAUGCUCCCAUUCCCCCUGGAGCUAGUUUUGGUUAUCAUCCUGGUGGCUGGGGCAAGCCUCCUGUUGACGAAUAUGGGCGUCCACUUUAUGGAGAUGUUUUUGGUGUUCAUCAACAAGAACAGCCUAAUUAUGAGGAAGAGCCGGUAGAUAAGACCAAACACUGGGGUGACUUAGAGGAGGAGGAGGAAGAAGAAGAAGAAGAGGAGGAGGAAGAGGAAGAAGAAAUGGAGGAGGAGGAACUUGAAGCUGGUAUUCAGUCUGUUGAUAGUCUGUCAAGCACUCCCACUGGAGUGGAGACACCUGAUGUUAUUGACCUUCGUAAGCAGCAGAGGAAAGAACCUGAAAGGCCUCUUUAUCAAGUGCUUGAAGAGAAGGAGGAAAAAAUUGCUCCAGGAACUUUGCUUGGAACCACACACACUUAUGUGGUUAACACUGGCACCCAGGACAAAUCAGGGGCUAAAAGGGUUGAUUUACUCCGAGGUCAAAAGUCAGAUAAAGUGGAUGUCACUUUACUGCCUGAAGAGUUGGAUGCCAUGGAAAAUGUUUUACCUGCAAAGUAUGAAGAAGCAAGGGAGGAAGAGAAGUUACGAAAUCAGCGUGAGGAUUUCAGUGACAUGGUUGCAGAGAAUGAGAAGAGGAAGAAAAGAAAGAUGCAAGAAAAGGAGGGCAAGUCCAAGAAGAAGGACUUUAAGUUUUAAGGUAUUAAUCAGUGUGAUUCUAUCUCAAGCCAAGCCAGGUGAGGUACAGUACAGUACCCCUAUAAAUAAUUAUGUCAGUAGCAGCCUUUUUUUACUUUUAUUUUGUCAAUGUAUACUUGGACCUAUUUGUACAGUAAUUCAACUUGACAUAAAUGACAAGUGUUGUGUUGUGCAAUAACCGUUGGUUGGAUCUCAUACAGAACAGAAGAACGAUUCCCCAGUGAGAAUAUGAAAACAGGGAUGCCGUUUGCGACAGACCAAACAAUAGAAGAAUUGUUUAUUUUUGCUUAGACUCCUCACUAUUAAGGUAUUGACAUACUACUAAAAUUGUUCCAUCAAGAUUGUUUAUGUUUAUAGGUGUUGAGGCACCCAACCCUAGAAUUAUUGGAAGGCGUCCAAUCCAGUGAGUGACUUAUGCAUGCCAUUAUUCUUUUGGCAACAGAGCUUGGCUCCACUCUCAAUCAAAUCUAUUAUUACUUCUUCCUUACUCAGUUCCCUACCUGUACAACUACGUAGCUAUGCUAUCAUAUUCUUGUCCCACCGCCAUCACCGCCUAUACCUAUCACAAUUUCAAAUGAAGGGUUCUCAUUGGUUUCGGCUUUUGGGAGUGUAAAUGGAUGCAUGUUACAUGUAGUUUUAUUCGUGCUAAUUUGACACAUGACAACUACUACUUUUCAUUUGGCAACAAAAUGUUCAAUCCAAAGGUCAGAAUUGAGAAGCCAUUCGUCA